GAACUCACCAAGCACUAUGCUACAAGCCCAACAAACUUGGUUUUAAUUGGUAUAGGCGUGCCAAGGUCUUGUUAAUUUUGAGCGUUAAGUGCUGCAAUUAAUCAGAUCCCAAGACCUUGGCCUACCUUGCCAUACAGAAAAAAAAAAAGCAAAAAAAAAGCCAAGGUUUGGAGCCAACAAAAAUAAACACAAAGCACAAGUCAUGGAAAGAAUAAUGGUUGGAAGUGCAACAAAGGUUGCUUUCACCCUCUUGGCCACUUUCGCCAUUGUCAUUCCAUGCCUUGAGGCUGGCAUUGCUGAGUUUGACGAUUUUCUCAAAGCCCAAGCUGAUGAAGCCCAUAAAAUUGCUCUUGAUUCCUAUGUCCCAGAGCCCCACGAUGUCGCCCAUGAACUCAAUUUCCAUGUUCAUAUGGCACUGGAAAACUCCACAAGGAGGGAACUAAGGCAGAGGAAACUUAGAGGAGGAGGCAAAUGUCAAGCCUCCAACCCCAUUGACGCUUGCUGGAGAUGCAAUAAAGACUGGGCCAAUGACCGGUUCAGGCUAGCCAAGUGCGGCAAAGGGUUCGGAAGACGGGCCACCGGCGGGCUCGGUGGUCCCAUCUAUGUCGUCACCGAUAAUUCCGAUGACGACAUGGUGAACCCUAAGCCGGGAACUAUCCGUCACGCUGUCACCCAAAAAGGCCCCUUGUGGAUCAUCUUCGGACACAGCAUGAUCAUCAGUUUGAGGCAAGAGCUGAUGAUUUCCUCCGACAAGACCAUCGAUGGUCGUGGCGCAAACGUGCAAUUUAGGGGCGGUGCUGGCCUCACCAUUCAGUUCGUGAACAACGUUAUUAUCCACGGAGUUCGCAUCAAGGACAUCGUACCUAAGGAUGGUGGCAUGAUUAGGGACUCCGCCGACCAUUAUGGAUUGAGAACAAGGAGUGAUGGUGAUGCCAUCUCCAUUUUUGGAUCCACCAACAUUUGGAUCGAUCAUGUUUCCCUCUCUAACUGUGCCGAUGGUCUUAUCGAUAUCAUCCAAGGCUCCACUGCCAUCACCAUCUCAAAUUGCCACAUGACCAAACAUAAUGAUGUGUUUCUCUUUGGUGCUAGUGACUCAUACAACGGAGACAAGAUCAUGCAGAUCACAGUGGCAUUCAACCACUUCGGGCAAGGACUGGUCCAGAGGAUGCCAAGGUGCAGAUGGGGUUUCGUGCACGUCCUCAACAACGACUACACCCACUGGUUGAUGUAUGCAAUCGGUGGGAGCUCAGGGCCAACAAUUCUGAGCCAAGGAAACCGUUUCAUUGCUCCGAACAACGACAACGCCAAGGAGAUCACUCACAGGGACUACGCCGGACCCGAUGUGUGGAAGAAUUGGCAGUGGCAAUCAGAAAUGGACCUUUUCAUGAAUGGUGCAAAGUUCGUCACUUCAGGCUCACCCAUCAAGAUGACAUACAAAAAGGGUCUCAUCAUGAAGCCAAGAGAUGGAACUCAUGUCAGCAGGUUGACACGACAUGCUGGUGCCCUAAACUGCUUCGUUGGCAAGCCUUGUUAGAGAACAACAAACAUUAAUGUUGUUGUUGUUGUUCGCUUUUUCUUUUUUUUUUUGGAAAGAAAAAAAAAACCACAUUGCACAGAAGAUUUAAGCUACUCCUCUUGCUAGGAUGAGUUUGCGUCUUCUGCAAAACAAGCUUGUUGUUGGCCUUGUAAGAGCUAGAAAAAGAGAGAAUUUGUUGCUUGGGUUCAAAUGAGAAGAAAUAAAGUUCCAACUUGUUUGUAACU